GCGGCCGCCAUGAAGGCGGGCCUGGGCUGGUUGGGCCUGAGGGUGGGCUGGCAGGCUGCCGAGUCCAUCCUCCGUCCCGCUGGAGCGGCUCCGGCCUGUCUCCUUGUCCCAGUGAGAACGAAGAAGAGGUUUUCUGUCCCUGAAUGGGCCAGAGAACUGUCUCCUGAAGAGAAGGAGAAGAGACUCAAGUCUUCAGGGACAAUAUUUCCUGAUGACCGUAUAGAACGGACCUUCUACUUGGCCUGCACAGCUGAUAUUAUAGACCCGUACGUCCCUCCCGAGGGCGAUGCCCGCUUGACUUCCCUGUCCAAAGAUGGGCUGAAGCAAAAGAUGCAGAAGCUGAAGCAGAGUGCUGCCUCCCAGCUGGCUCUGCGGAAGAUAAAAGAUCAUGAUCCAGAUUUCAGCACUAAAACCUUCCCGGAGAAGGCACAGGAGAUAUUUAUCGAAGCUCACAAUUCCCUGGCAAAUUUCAACAAGCAGAAACUUCACUCCCUGGUGACAGAGCGCUGUUACCCAGAAAUGGUGCGUGGGAACAGGUACAAGACCAUCCGGUGGAGUUUUUUGGAGUCUCUGGAGCCUCCCAGGGUGGUUCACCUUCGCUGUGACAGCAUCAUCAACCGCGGUAACCUCUAUGGGCAGGUGACGGUGCGGAUGCACACGCGGCAGACCCUGGCCAUCUACGACCGCUUUGGGCGGCUGAUGUACGGGGGGGAGGAGGUGCCCAAGGAUGUUUUGGAGUACGUCGUGUUUGAGAGGUACUUGGUCAACCCCUACGGCACGUGGAGGAUGCACGGCAAGAUCGUUCCAGAGUGGGCUCCACCGAAGGAGCCCAUCAUUAAGACUGUGAUGAUUCCUGGCCCUACCUUGAGUCCCUCACAAGAUUAUGAAGAAAUGAAGUAGGAGGUUCCAGAGCCCGUACAGAGACGGCAGCACCAGCGACCCUGGAGGGGAAGAGGUGGAGAGUGUCCGUGGAAGGAGCAGGUUGGAUACGGCUGUGCCCUUCCAGAGAGCAGUCAACAAACAAAGCAGCUUCAGAAAUGGACUCCAGUCACUAAGAAUUUCUCUAUAAAGGAGCAAAAGGGGCCUGGGAGGGGGAUUCAGAUGGGCUCUGAGAAGAGCUUUACUCUGAGUGUGCUGCAGCUGAACCUUCUCUGUGUUUCCCUGGAGAAAUCUUCUCUUCAGGAUGGCUCCCCAGGGUGCCCUCUGUCCUGAACUUGCCUUGGCACCAGAAAUUUGUCCAGACACGGGAUAUUUGGCACUUCCCUGGGGAGUGUCACAGACCUGGUGGCUUUCAUUAAAAUCUGCAGCAGUA